AAGACGAGUGUUGGUGGGGAAACGUGACGUCACAGUGUGCGCGCCGUCCACGGGUGAAAGUUCCCGGUGCCGUUUCACCUCACAGAUUCACGUGGUUCCCAACAGCACUGUAGCUGCUCCUUUCCGCUCUCUCCUUCUUCGCACCCGGGCUGCAAUGGACACCCCCGCUGACAUGACGCUGCUAGGCAUGAUCUCGACAGUGCGCGAGGCAACCACGGACGUACGAGCCGACCUCUCUCUUUCCUCAUUGCUUUUGCUUUUCACGAAACGCCUGCGCGUCGCAUCCGUGUUAUCGCUGCUAACUGCUACCUCGCUCAGCUUCAUCCCACAACCACUACCGCUACCACAACCACAUUCGUUCAAUCAUUAGGUGAAGCUAUGGUCGCCACCAGGAACCGAGACUACGGCGACGUCAAAGAUCGGCCGAAGAACCCCUGCAAGCCGCCCGCCGAUGGCUCAUGCCUCUUCCUUACCCUUCCGGCGGAGCUGCGCAAUAGGAUCUAUGAGCUCGUGCUCACCGACAAAGACGGUCUAUACAUGCGCGAGACGAACGGGCGUGCGAAGCUCUGCUUCAAGGAGCCUGCAAUUCAGACACUGAAGGCGCGGAAGAAGACGGCAAAUAAACUAGACGACGAAGCGAACCAGUUGCAGUAUGUUAGCAGGCAACUACGGGCCGAGACAAGGAGAUAUGGCCUGAAGCUGAACGACCUCUACUUUGUCACUUAUGACAGGGACGAGGCUUCCCCGCUGGGAGCCUGCGUCAACUUCCUGAUGUCUUUGGCGCCGCGUUGGUUUCAGUACCUUCGUAACAUCAUAAUCCGCCGCCAUGAUGCCAUACCGUUUGCCUACGCUUACCUCGCGGAGGCGGGGGAGAACCCCAACGGGAAGUACUAUGACUUCGAUGCCCAGGACGAGCUGAGGGGCUUCUGCAACGCUUAUCCCAACAUGACCAUCCACUGGACGUGCCCGAAAUGGGAACUGAAGCAGUCCUUUUGCACCUUUCUACUCAUCGGCAUGUCCCUCGCUCAGGCCUACCGUGGCAUAGACUUGCGACGGGAAUACAAUCUGGACGACGACGACGGAGACUGGCUCGAUAGGCACUCCGCAUGGUGUCGCCCUAACGGUGCCCCCGACUUCUCGGCCGUGCCGAACUUCAAGGUCUACCCGCGCAACGUCGCCGAAUCCCGGGCCGCCUUCGACGAGUGCGUGCGGGGAACGUUGUCCUGGUGCCGACACCACGUUCCAAUGGACGCCAACGUGAACACUCUGAAGGAGCUGGCAGCUUCCUGGUACACCAAUGGCAUCUAGUCCGUUCUGGAGAGAAAAGAAUCAGGGAGGGAUCUGGGAGGUUACGGAGGCUUGGCCACCCCCGAUAUGGGACUCUGCUGGUAAGGAGGUGGAGCUUACUGACAAGAUGGUGUAUGCUCGGAUGAAUGUUUGUAACACCCAGGUGAUAUGUGUCACUGUACGAGGGCUGGG